GCGUGCGUUGUCUUCUUCCAUCUUCGUUGGCGAGUUGUGUUUACAGUUUUCAAAUUUCAACAAAAAAUUAAGUAAAAAGUUUUUAUUUGCUUAACAAUAAAUUAAUUGCUCGAUAAUGGCACAUUUCGAUGGUCAACUGCUAAUGAGGACGAUAAAAGGCGUGCCGUGCUGUACCUGGUGUAGAUUUGGCGAGUUACCAAGUUUUAUUCGACAAAUCGGAGGGAAGUCGUGGAAGCCGUUCGCAAUUCUGCCAAAUAUUGAAGGUCAAAAGUUUACGAUUGGAGAGACUUUCACAAGUCGGGAAGAAGAUGGCGAAUUUCUUCUCUGGAAACGUCCCAUGAAGGGAAAACUGAAGAUUACGACGGGCGGAAACUUGCCAGUUUGUGAGAUCAUUUGCGCAGAAAAUAAGUACUGGGUGUCACCAUUGUUAUCAGGGAGGGAGGUCGUUUCAGUGAACGAUAUCGAAAUUAAGGGGAGGACAGAGCUGAAAUUUGGGGAUUAUUUAUCCUUGGGGGUUGAAGCGACUCGGGCAGAAGUGGAAAAUUGGAAACGGAGAUUCCGGUUUCCUGAUAACGAUGACGAGAUGCCUGGCUGGGCUAAAUUGGAAUUGGAUGCAUUCCAGAGUACUCAUCGUCUUGUCUUAUUGUUCCAACGGAGAGAAUACGACUUUGAUCCGUUCUGGAGGAGAGUGCUUGAGCAUAGGAGGCAGAAGGAAAAAAUGAGCGAGAAAGGAACCGAUGCUGACAUGACUUUAGAACGUGUCGAGGAGAAGAAAGAAGCAGGCUUCGUUCCAUAUUUGGACGACUUGGUGGUGUCUCGCAUUUUGUCAUAUCUACCAUUCAAUGACGUGAAAAAUGUGCGUUUCCUCUCAAAAGUUUGGAACCAAGAAGCUCUCCGCCUCAUCGAGAAGAAGGGCAUCGUAAACUUUGACUUUUCCCUCGGUCACAAGAAAUUGGACGAUUCCACAAAGCUGUUCCGCUACAAUUACGAAAUGCAGGACAACCCAAUCCCCCACUGGCGAAUUAUCAUUCCUUGUAUCGGCUCGAAUGAAGAGAUCCGUCCCGCUCAGGGGGAAAAAGUUAUCGCAGAUUUCCACAAAUUUCUCGGAUUGAAAAAGCACAACGUCACAUCGUUAGAUUUUUCAGGAACGAUUGCAUCAAAAUCAGAUUACGAUGAACAAAUCAGAAUUUUGGAAAUGUGCCCAACCCAAACUAUUCAAAGUUUCGAGUUAGGCUGGACUUGGGUUCAGAAUGAAGCAUCUGGACGAGUGGAUACAUUUCCGAAGAGUAUUCAGUUCACCAACUUGAAAACGUUCGUCCUCUCGAUGGACGUCGGGCACUCCAGUGGACGCAGUUCUGGACUGUUCUUCCCUGACCCCAUGGUUGAGCCAAUUCCUUUCUGCUGUCAAGGAUGUACGCGUGCUCGUUCUUAAGUGCAAUUUCUUCGCACUUUUGGAGAUAUUUUAUGACCAAGCUGAACCAUUCGAGAACUUGGAAGAGAUUACCAUUCAGCGAAAUAUUACUCCGAAAGGGCUCGAGUUUCUGAACAAAUUGGAGAAACCCUUAGAAAAAAUGAAUAUUGGGAAAUUUGAAGACUGGAAAGAGCCAGAAUACCUCGAAUUUGAACGACUCCUUCGUAAUCAUGCACAGACUUUGACCUCUUUGA